AUGGUUGGCUUUAUAGAGUUUUAAUAAGGCCUUUAUAGUGAACCAUACUUGAAAAUGCUCAUUGCUUUGAUAAUAAGUGAACCUAAUGGAAUUGUUCUACUACUAAUGCAGUAUAAAAGAAUUAUUGUACCAAGAACUAGAAUAGGUCUUAACAAAAGAUAAUUUGCAUGUGUCAAUUCAGCUAUUCAAUGCAAUUUUAAGUAUACUGUCAAAUCUAAUGUAUAACUCUCAAACUUUCAGAGAUGA